GAAGAAGAAGGUAAACAGGAAGAGUGAAAGAUCAUCUAAAAUGGGCGGGCCAGUUCUUGUGUGAUAUAAAUAAUAUUUCUACAGGCUACCUUAUGAUCUGAUUAUGAUUUCAAGUGUAUGAGUGUCGUUAUGAAGCUGUAGCGUAUUUCCCACACUAGUGGAGCGCUCGGUCACGUGACACAUGUUGCUUUGCCCAGCGCUGGCCAGGAUGUGAUUGAUGGAUCAUCUCUCUUUUAAACUCUUUAUAGAGACAGAAACGCGUUUGUGUUACAGGUGACAAUCCUUGCAGAUAAAACAUUCAAAUGAUUGUGCUUUUAAAGAGUUAAAGUCCCUGUGAAGCGCCUCGUGCCUGACGUGUGUGUGUGUAAGUGUAAAGUUCAUCGGUCUCUCACACGUCACUGAACCAAACACACCUCUGAAGUCGCGAGUGUGUGCCUUGACGAGGUUGGACCCACGGAACACGGAAUAAUGUGUGUUUGUGGCGCCGGUGGAUGAUGAAGAUCGAGCUACUGCUGCUCUGCUCACUCUCUUACUGGUUUGCUGUUCCACAGACACUGAGCUCUCAACAUCAUGACAAACACAGCGAUGAACAGCUGGUGAUGUACAGUAAUGACGUGGAGUCACUGGAGUCGUCUUCUUCCUCACGGGUCCCGGAUCCCGUCAGUGUGUCUGGAUCCUCCGAGUGCUCCUCCUGCCGGGAUUGUGCCACGUCAGACUCCUGCUCUGCUGAAAGCCUCUCCACGGACGAGUCUCCAGCUGCGUGUGAUGCUGCAGAAACCCUGCCGUUCGACUCCACGCUGCCCAGUUUUCCAGCGGCUCAAGAGAACGUGAGUGUCCGUGAGACGAGGAAACCCACCGAAGACCAAACUGGGAAACGGAGCAACGCCUCCCUCAUCCGGAAAGAACAGGGCUCCUCGGACUCUGACCCGUCACUGCCCAGCAGAGAGCAGGAGAUCCCCACCUUCGACGAGUGGACCAAGAUCAUGCUGGAGACGGAGAAGAGUCAGGUGACUCCUCACGCUCCCGAUGGGAAGAAGCUCCAGCAGACCGUCACCAACUACGCCUCUGUGGAGUGUGGAGCCAAGAUCCUGUCCUCCAACCCCGAGGCCAAGAGCACUUCAGCCGUUCUGAUGGAGAACAUGGACAUGUACAUGCUGAACCCCUGCAAUAACAAGAUCUGGUUCAUCAUCGAGCUCUGUCAGCCCAUCCAGGUCAAGCAGCUGGACAUCGCCAACUUUGAGAUCUUUUCCUCAAACCCCAAAGACUUCCUGGUCUCAAUAAGCGACAGAUAUCCAAACAAGAAGUGGGUGAAGCUGGGGACGUUCCACGCGCGUGACGAGCGGACAGUGCAGAGCUUCCCUCUCGAUGAGCAUCUGUUCGCCAAGUUCGUCAAGAUGUUCACCAGAUACAUCAAGGUGGAGCUGUUGUCACACUUCGGCUCGGAGCACUUCUGUCCUCUCAGUCUGAUCAGGGUGUUCGGCACCAGUAUGAUGGAGGAGUAUGAGCUGAACUCUGAGCUGUCAGACAGACACACACACACUCACGAGGAGCAGGACUACGAUCAGCCUCCAGACUUUGUGCCAGUCGAUGACAGAUCCUCCGGGAAUCUGAUCGGAUCUGCCAAAGACGCUCUUCUCACCAUGGUGAACAACAUCGCUGCUAAUGUGCUGGGCGGGCAGAACGCAGGGAACUCCUCCGCUGAAGGUCUGAACGCGACAGAAGCGGCUCUCCCCGCUGGAGCGAUGCACUCUGGGCCAGUGGCGGAUCAACUGGAUGUCACUGGGACCACAGAGGCUGGCAGCGUCACAUCAGCAACACAGACGGACGCUCCACACACUGAAGACGGGUCUGUCCGCACCGAGCCGGAAGAAGACGCUCCCGUUCAGACCGGGCCUGAGACGGAGCAGAUCGUCACCCUGCUGCCUGAGGACGAAUCGGAUCAGUCCUCUGGAGCAGAACCGGGAGAAAUAGACCCGCAGAACGGACGUGUGACCGCAAACGCAGUGCGCUCCGAAUCCCGCGGCUCCUCUCUUCACGAGUUCCUCCUGCAGCGCUGCUCCUCUCCUCACAAGAAGAAGACUGUCUCACGCUCCGUAAUCACCUCAAUCACAGAGAGUCCCGUCGUUCCCACGCCUGUCCCGCCGGCUCCGGAGCUUCAGUCGCUGGUGUGGGAUCUCUCCCCGAGCCUGACCUCAGAUCUGCUGGCGUCUGAUAGCGAGAGCCUCACAGCGACGCUCCCUCUGCAGAUCAGUGACUCACACCCGACUCCUGAUCCUGCGACGCUCCCUUCGGAGAGCAGUAACUCCCGCCCGAUUGCUGAUCCCACGACUUUCUCGGACCUCCUGACUAGCUCCAGUGGAGAUCGGGCAGAUCCGGAGAGGAUCUCGGCCACAUCUGCCCUUGAGAAGGACAUUCCAACUCUUACUGUUUCCGUUAGUACAGUGGAAGAGUCUCCGCCUACUCCCGUAUCCGCUCCAGUGGAUGAAGCAGCGCUGACUCCUGAUGGGUUGGCCGAGGCCAGGAGCCAGGAGCUGUCGGAGGAGGAAAGCGGCGCUAACAUGGAGGUGGACGGGGAAACGCUGGGCUCUGGUGAGGUGUCUGCUCACGGCUCCAGUCAGAAAGAGUCUGUCUUCAUGAGGCUCAACAAUCGCAUCAAGGCGCUGGAGACGAACAUGUCUCUGAGCGGACGCUACCUCGAGCAGCUGAGCCAGAGGUACAGGAAGCAGGUGGAGGAGAUGCAGAGAGCCUUCAACAAGACCAUCAUCAAGCUGCAGAACACCUCCAGAACGGCCGAGGAGCAGGACCAGAGGCAGACGGACUCGAUCCAGGUGCUGCAGGCUCAGCUGGAGAACGUGACGCGACUCGUCCUUGGACUGUCUGUCAGCGUGAGUCGGCUACAGCAAGAGGUGUCUGACAGGCAGAGCUACAUCCUACUGUGUCUGAUCCUCUGUGUGCUGCUCGCACUGCUGAUCUGUACCAACUACCGUCAGAUGUGUGAGAGUCCUGCGCUCGACCCGUACAGAUCCUGCUGCCCUGAGAGAGAGCCGCUGUCUGACGAAGAGCCGGUGAUCCUGAGACGCCGAGCCUCUGAUCCGCCCUCGCUCCCGUCCCUCCAGACGCCCGAAGGAGGUUCUGAAGAAACCAGCAGCCUUAAGCAGGGUCCAGUCAGUAGAAAAAAGAAGCACAAGUUGAAGCUCAGCAGGAGUCUAGAGACUCGAGCCCCUCCGCCGAUCGCUGGUGUGAUUCCUCAGAGCACGAUUGGCCCUCAGGCUUUGGAGGUCAGAGACGUGAUGUCGGACGGCUCCGAGGGCUCCUCACAUUCUGACGAGACUCUGUUCUGCGGAUUGACCGGCUGUGCACGUCUGUGUGAGACGAUUCCUGCGCCGGGACGCUGGACGCAGAGCAAACGGCAGAAGACUCCAGAACAGCUGCAUCAGCCUCCGCAGCGCAGUGUCCCGCAUAGUCUGAGCCGCACUGGACACACUGACCCGCACUGGACACACUGAGCCGCACUGGACACACUGACCCGCACUGGACACACUGAGCCGCACUGGACACACUGAGCCGCACCUGCUGAAUACACUCUUUACACUGGAGCUGCUUGCACUGUUCCGACACACUGGACUCUAAAAUCUUAUGCUGUCGCUAUUCGGCACAGAUUUAUACAUUUUGGGGUUAUACUUUUGUAAUAAUGUGCCACUGACCUUUCAGACAAUCAUAAAUAAAAUUUAAAUUAUUGAACUGC